AUGGCACAUCAGCCCACAGUCCAUUAUACAGUUGACCCUUCCACCAACCCCGAAUCAUGGCCACCACCAGCUCCAGGAUUUGGCACAGUCAUCAACAGAGUCAAUGUAAUCUUUAUCAACAUCAACGGAACCUCUAACUUCACCAUCCUGCGAACCGGCACCAAUGAACAUGUUCACCAUGCGGUCACUCAGGUGACGAAGCAUAUAGCGCGAGGCCUUUAUCGAAUUAUCAGCAUGAAUGUCAGCGAAUACUCGUGCGUGGUGGUUAUGUCUACGGAGAAGUCGAAGGAAGAACUUCUGUUUAGGAAUGGGUUUCCUUGGGACAGGCCAAAUGAUCCUCAGCCAGAUGUGGUUUUGACUUAG